AUGUCUAGGCAGGCAGGAAUUAAGGAGUUCUUUCCUACCGACAAGGCUAUCGAUUCAAACCCUUCCUCGGCGACGCCUUCCAUCCUUGUCACGCCCUCCAUUCCGCCGGCACCACCCGCCGCCCCGCCGACACCGUCCGUGUCUGUGCCGGCUUCCGGCUCGGCGACAUCCUCCGUGUCCACGCCUCCUGCCGUAGCAGUUCCUGCUUCUUCAAAGCGUGGAGCGUCCCAGGCUCAUCAGUCCAAGCCCGCCCGCAAGCGUGUGCGAGUGGGUGAAUCCACCAGAGAUGGCGCUGAACCUACAGCUUCCAUUAAUGGAGUUGUUGACACCGAGUCUGAAUUUCCCAACGGCCCAGUCACUAUCUGGGCAACGACACGGGGAAACUUUUGUGAUGCGCAGGACAUCUUCAAGUCCUGGCAGUCGGGUCUCUACACCAAGGACAACAUCGUCUUCUCAAUGUACAUCGACAAGUUCCACGAGCCUCGAGACUUCUUUGGCCGGAACAAGUUGAUCACUUGCGCCGGCGGUGGGCGCAAACAGGAGAACGGAAAGGGUCAAUAUUUGCGCGAAGACACCAAGCCUGACUCUGUGUCCAAAUGGGAGGCUGCAAUCGACACCUCGAUUUUCGUUGUCAUGGGCAAAGAUCACCCGGACUUUGGAAACAUCAAACUGCCGAUUAAUGUGCGCGAGCACGGUGUCAUCGUGGAGCUGGGCCAAUUCAUGGUGACCAGGAUUUGGAAAGAACUGGUGAAACCCAAAGAUGUCAAGGAGCCUUACCCAGUCUGGAAGAUCAUGCUCCAGACGAUUGAUCCUACUACUAAGCCAUGGUACUGGAAGGAAGACAUCCAGGAUGUCACCACCACGAGCAACGGCACCCCUGCCGCUGCCAUCGAGGAGAGGACUUGCAACAGCUGUGAUAACACAAGCCCAAAGAUCUUCGCCAAUGCACCGUGGGUCUGCCUUGAGGAUGAUUGUGAGCAAUUCUUCCGGGUUGAUGGCAACACCUUGAGUCAGAUUGGAGACGACAACAAGGAGUUGCGGUACUCUGAAGAAUUCAUCAACCAGACCAUCACCUACGACAUGGUUCCAGGCAAGUCGACCAUGUUUCGGCCACUCCCAGAGGCUUUGGUUCAGGGUGGCGACAAGUAUGGUACAGAGUUGGCUCUUCGGGGUGGCCUGACAUGCCCCAAGUGCCGGUGCUGCACUACCCGGAAGUACUGGGACAGACUGGCUUGUUGCUACUGCGGCUUUGAGUACGAAUUCGCUCCUCUACCAUACCCCUUGAGCCUGGUUGAGAAGGAGACUCAAGUUCACACCAAGAACUACCAUGUCCGAAAUGAUGGCGUGACCAUCAAGCUCAAUUCAGAUCACGUUGAGCAGUUUGUCGAGGCUGAGAAGGAUGGCAUGUCCAUUCGGCUUGUUUACAUGAUCAAGGAUACCAAGGGGGACCUCGUUGGCACCUUUGUCAUUGAAAGGCCCAGCGAUGACGCAAAGAAGGCUCCAGGUGGUGCUGAUGAGCUAUACAACAGCAUCGAGGCAGAGGGCGGCAAAAUGAAGUUCCAGCGAAACCCUGCUCGAUGUGUAGGCAGUGGAAUCGAGAAUCUCACUCGCCACUUCCAGUCUAACUUCGGUGCUCUGUACGAAUUCGGCCCAAAGGGCAUCGACACAGAGUCUUUCAAGAAUGCUCCUGAUGUGGUACUGCAGUCGCUUGUCUACCUGAAGCACUUUGGAGAGAAGGCUUUAGAGAGCUCCCAGCGCAUCGCUUUGAAGGAGAAAUACAGAUCCACCACAGGCUCAACCCUUCACAUGACUCAGAAACCCUUCAACGAAUUACUGGCUCUGGCAUACCGGCAGACAGACAAGAUCGAUUGGCAUGACGAUGGAGAGGACCAAUUGACAGGUGUCAUAAGUACAGCCUCUUUCGGAUCACCCAGCAAGAUGGCGCUGAAAUUCAAGAAGAGCAAGAAGGCAAUCCUCGAGGUACAGCUUCGUCAUGGAGAUGUCGCCACCAUGUGCGACACUCGUCUGCAAGCUCUGACUGAUCCGAAGGAGACCGAAAAAUUGAUUGAGAAAGGCCUGACCAUCGAUGAGAUGGAGAAAGCGGCACAGAUCCCAGACCGUGCUCUUCAUUUCACUUACAAUGGCACCACGUUGGGUAGCCAGCAAGAGACGGCUGCUUAG